AUGGGGUUGGAUUACUACAACAUAUUGAAGGUGGGCAAAAGUGCAACAGAGGAUGAUCUGAAAAAAUCUUACAGAAGGUUGGCCAUGAAAUGGCAUCCAGACAAGAACCCCAACAACAAGAUUGAAGCUGAGGCCAAAUUUAAGCAAAUCUCAGAAGCAUAUGAUGUGUUGAGUGAUCCUGACAAAAGGCAGAUAUACGAUCAAUACGGCGAAGAGGGUCUCAAGGACAUGCCUCCACCCGAGUCGACUCAAAACGGUUUCAACUCACGAAAUGCAGAAGAUAUUUUCGCCGAGUUUUUUGGGAGCAGCCCUUUCGGGUUCGGUUCGUCUGGGGCCGGCCGGUCCACAAGAUUCUCCUCCGAUGGAGGAGGAGGAAUCUUCGGUGGACCCGAUAACGUGUUUCGAAACCCGAGCGAUGGGAAUGGAGCUAACAUGCCGAAAAAACCGGCACCUGUCGAGAGCAAAUUGCCGUGCAGCCUAGAGGAGCUCUACACCGGGUCUACCCGGAAGAUGAAGAUCUCGAGACAAGUGGUCGAUGCAAACGGGCGAUUAUCAUCCGAAUCCGAGAUCCUAACGAUCGACGUGAAGCCCGGCUGGAAAAAGGGCACGAAAAUAACCUUCCAAGACAAAGGCAACGAGCAGCCGAAUCAGCUCCCGGCAGACUUGGUUUUCGUGAUCGACGAGAAGCCACACAAAGUGUUCAAAAGGGACGGCAAUGACCUCAUCAUGACCUACACGGUGACUCUAGCAGAAGCUAUCGGGGGCACAACCAUAAAUUUCGCAACGCUCGACGGGCGUAGCCUAUCUAUCCCGGUCACUGACAUAAUCAGCCCGGGAUAUGAGGUCGUAGUUUCGACAGAGGGAAUGCCGAUUGCUAAAGAGCCCGGAAAUAGAGGCGAACUAAAGAUCGUGUUCGAGGUUAAGUUCCCCACCAAAAUAACGGCCGAGCAACGUGCCGGGCUUAAACGGGCUUUGGGAGGUUCAUGA